GCUCAUUUUGUUAACGAAAGCCACGAUUACCAAUAUGAAGACCUCUAGCAUUUUGAACGCAGCCGCCAUUCUGGCCUCCAUUCCCUUGUCAUUUGCAAAGAUUCUCAACUUCGUCGCACAUCAAGAUGACGACCUCCUCUUCCUCAGCCCGGACCUGAUCCGAGACAUCCUGUCAGGUCAGCCUGUCCGAACCGUGUAUCUGACAGCCGGAGAUGCUGGCCUGGGAUCGGACUACUGGUCAAGCCGCCAGAUGGGCUCACAGGCGGCCUAUUCCCGCAUGUCAGUCGCCAGCAACAACUGGAUCGAGUCUGAUGGCGGGAUCGAAGGAAAGGAAAUUUCGGUCUACACCCUGGCGGAUGACGAGGACAUCUCCCUGGUGUUUAUGCGUCUGCCAGACGGCAACCUGGACGGCUCUGGGUUUGCAUCCACGGACAACGAGAGUCUACAGAAGCUAUGGGAGGGAUCGAUUGAUCAGAUCACCACGGUUGAUGGAUCGGGGACGACAUACUCGAGAGACGAUCUUCUCCAAACACUCACCGCUCUGAUCGAUGACUAUCAGCCCGACGAGGUCAAGACUGGCGACUUUGCGAACGACUUUGGCGAGGGAGACCACAGCGACCACUAUGCGACAGGGUACUUCGUCGACCAGGCGUUGUCCUCCUCCAGCAGCAACGCCAAUCUCGUCGGAUAUUACGGAUACCCGAUCCAGGACUGGGCCGUCAACUUGGAUGAUUCGGACAUUGAGGACAAGACCAACAUCUUCUACACGUAUGCCGCGUACGACACGGCCACCUGCAGCACCUCCGACGCGUGCUCGAGUCGGCCAGAAGCCGCUUGGCUGCAACGUGAAUAUCAAGUCUAAAGCGUGUUUUCCUUUUCUUUAUUGCAGGCUGAUCAGGCCACUCAUGUCUCCAAUUAUGUUCUUGAAACCCCAUAUGCCUUUCGAGCACGCCCUCGCUCUCCGCGAUGUUGUACGGACGCUUGCUUGUUGUGUUCGGGAAUCGACAGUGAAUGCGAUCUGGAAAGUUGCCGGGAAUGAGGUGUACGUUAAU